AUGGGUUCAAGUCAAUCAGUUACAGGAACAACUGGACAAUCUUCGUCAUUUGAUCAAUGGGCAUUUGGUACACAUGAGAAUGCGAUAAAAAUUGAAGAUGUUAGUGAAAGUAUUCAACAACUACCUACACAAUAUUUUGGAGGGAAAGAUAUUGAUAAUGAUCAACAAUUACAUCAAAUGCAACAAGAAUUACUUGGUUUUGACGAUGUUUUUCGACGACUGUUUCGUCGAAAAAAGAAAAAUUCAAAAAAACAAAAACAAAAACAGACACAACAGAAAAAUAAUUAUUUACAACCAACGUAUGAUGAGAAUUAUUAUGAUCCAACAACGGGUACGUCAUAUAAUCCAUAUAGUGGCGAAGAACAAACGAAACUAGAUGAAACACCAUCAAGAAAUCGUCUCAUAAAGCCAAUAUACUUUCAAAAAUCAAAACCAACUGACGUAAAAUAUACUCGAUCAAAUAUUCCAUCUGAUAAUACACAAGUAUGGAAAUGUGAACAAUGUGGAGAUAAAAAUAAUCAAGCCAAUGAGCAAUUAUGUGCGAAAUGUGUCACUGCUCUAAUGGAUAAUGUUGAUCAAACAACAAAGAGCAAACUGUAA